CAUGAGGCUACCUUAUACUAUCACUUACAAGAGCGACAACUCGACCCAUGAGUAUACAGACCAUCGGUUGACAUUUCAGCUGGCUGAGUGGCUUAACGAGAUGAACGGCUAUGACAGCAAGUGGUUAAUCGAAUUCAUCCCCUGGAUCCAGCACCAUCCAAACGAACUUAUUGCCCGAGGCACUAAGAGGCACCCCGACGGCAGGGUCCCAACACGAGGGGAAAUUGCUGCAAAUCCCAGCUUGGGCAGACCGCCACCAUUGAUCACUGCAGAAUAUAACAACACCAAGGAGCAAAUGAACCGUAUUCUUAAGGAUGAAAAGACUCUCAGAGCCAUUCAGAAGGAUAUCUGGCGAGCACAUAAGUGGGCUAUGGAUCAGGGUCUGGACGAUUAUAGCCAGCAGUCAAUGAUGCGACAUGUCUUCCACGCGAACGAAGAUGUCACAGAUGCAAUCUGGACUUCAACGGACUAUGAUGUCUUCUGGGAUGAGAUGGUUCAUAAUUCGAAUUUGGCUCAAGACGGUAGCAAGGAUGCAUUCGGCGAGACUGAGUGGAAGUGCAUCAAUGGUGGUUUCAACCGACUAUCAGAUGCAUUCCUCCCACAUGUCUCUAACAGACUAGCGCUGAACAGAAAGAUAACGAAACUCGAGCCCGUUAAGGAUGAUACCAAUCGCACGCGGACUCGACUUUCAUGGUACUCCGGAACCGGCAAGAACCGUACUUCCGACUCGAAGGACUAUGACUACACCAUCAUGGCCGUACCAUUCACCAUGACCCGCUUCAUGGAGUUGCCCAAAUUCUCUUCAGUACUAAACCGUGCCAUGGGCGAAUCUGGGCUGCGUUUCAAGUCAGCCUGCAAGGUCUCACUGCUUUUCAAGGAGCGUUUCUGGGAAAAAGGUGAGCGGCCCAUUUUCGGAGGAUAUUCUAUGCCCGAGAGUCUCGGGGUUGGUGCUCUCUACUACCCUGUCUAUGGUCUGAACGAAUCGCGGCCAGGCCUUAUAACGCAUUAUCGUGGAGGUGAUUGGAGCGACCGCUUCGUUAGUAUGUCAGAUGAGCAGCACACACAGAUGGUUUUGGAUGCUGUGGUGAGCCUCCAUGGAGAACAGGCACGUGAAUUAUACACAGGCGACUUUGCGCGACUAUGUUGGCUACAGGAUGAACACAGCGCGACAUCGUGGUGUCGACCUGAUGUAGAGCAGCAUAAGCUAUACAUCCCAGCAUACCAUCGCACUGAGCACAAUACCAUCUUUAUCGGCGAGCAUACAGCGCCAACGCACGCUUGGAUAAGCUCAGCUCUACAUUCGGCUGUCAGAGGUUCGAUACAGCUGCUGUUGGAAUUGGGCAUGGCCGAGGAGGCCAAGCAACUAAAUCGCCGCUGGAUGGGGCGGUGGAUUAAGCAUCACGACUAAAUGCCACAAAUUUGUGGCCCAUAAAUCUGCCUUGUGCCCUUGGCUAGAGAGAGGCUAAGUCUAUCCCUAGCCAUUGCAUUUGUAGGUUUACUUACGAGCACGAUAUGAUGUAUGACCGUAUGAUAUAUCUAGCCAUAACCUUGUUCGAAUACAAUAUAUUAUGACUUUUUUUGCAAUCAUUAUU